CUCAUUAGGUUAUGUGUGGGGUUGUCCUGUUCUUGGACUUGUAGUUGUGAUAUAAAGAAACAGUGAAGAGGAGGAAGAAAAUGAGCUCUCUGCUUCCGACCUCCAAAGUCGUCCGCGACGGAGCAGAGAACCCAACCACAAGUUCUGUACAGCUUGAUCUCCCUCACAAGCAUGUCGCCGAUGCCGGAGCCCUCUUUGUUCUUAAAUCUAAAGGAUCGUGGGUGCACUGUGGUUACCACCUCACGACGUCCAUAGUAGCUCCGCCAUUGCUGAGUCUUCCCUACGCCUUCACGUUCCUGGGGUGGACAGGUGGCGUCAUCUGCUUGGUUGUUGCUGCUCUCGUCACUUUCUAUAACUACAAUUUAUUGUCCCUGGUCCUUGAACACCAUGCUCACCAUGGUCACCGCCUUCUCCGAUUCAGAGACUUGGCUCACCAUAUUUUAGGGCCCGCAUGGGGUCGGUAUUUUGUGGGGCCAAUUCAAUUCGCGGUCUGCUACGGUGCUGUUGUGGCGUGUACUCUUCUGGGAGGACAGUGCAUGAAGGCAAUUUACGUGGUGGCAAACCCUAGCGGGAGCAUGAAGCUGUACGAGUUUGUGUUGAUAUUCGGAUGCUUGAUGCUCAUAUUAGCUCAGCUCCCAUCGUUUCACUCUCUGAGGCACAUCAAUAUGGUGUCCCUGCUCCUCUGCCUUGCCUACAGUGCUUGUGCUACUGGCGCUUCCAUUUAUAUUGGCGACUCUUCUAAAGGCCCGCGAAAAGAUUAUUCUCUGCAAGGCGAUACGCAGACUCGUCUGUUCGGAAUCUUCAAUGCUAUUGCCAUCAUUGCCACCACUUACGGAAAUGGAAUCAUUCCAGAAAUCCAGGCAACAUUGGCGCCCCCUGUGAAGGGGAAGAUGUUCAAGGGAUUGUGUGUUUGUUACUUGGUACUUACAUUGACGUUCUUCAGCGUUGCAAUCUCUGGUUACUGGGCAUUUGGGAACCAUGCUGCUAGCCUCGUCUUAAACAACUUUGUUGAUAACGGGACGCCUUUGGUGCCCAGAUGGUUUAUUUAUAUGACCAACAUUUUCACCAUAGCUCAGCUGUCAGCUGUUGGGGUGGUUUACUUGCAGCCAACGAAUGAAAUGAUGGAGCAAGCGUUUGCGGACCCACAAAGCGCAGAGUUUUCAAUGCGCAAUGUGAUCCCCAGAGUGAUCUCUCGGUCAUUGAGUACUGCUCUGGCCGUUGUUAUAGCAGCGAUGCUUCCAUUUUUCGGGGACAUAAACGCACUCAUUGGUGCUUUUGGUUUCACUCCACUUGACUUCAUCUUGCCUGCGAUUUUCUUCAACCUCACUUUUAAGCCAUCCAAGCGAAGCCCCAUUUUCUGGCUGAACGUCAUUAUUGCUGUCACUUUCUCUGCUUUGGGAGCUAUAGCAGCCAUUGCAGCAGUCAGACAAAUAGUCCUUGAUGCUAAAAAUUACAGAUUGUUCGCUAAUGUAUAAGUAUAACCCAUUGAUGUCAUUCCUCAACGUUACUAAAUUAGUCAGUUUACUAUUCCAUUUCCA